AUGGCGAACUGGCUUGUGUUUCUUAUUCUUCUAUACUGUCCAUGCUUUAUAGUUGCAACAAAUGCUGAAGGUCAAGCAUUACUUGAACUCAAAGCAGGACUAAAUGAAUCUAUAGACUUACUUGGAACUUGGGAUCCAAAUUUAGUGGAACCCUGCACUAGUUGGUCUCACAUCACCUGCAGUGGAGGACAUGUUAUAGCUGUGCACUUGGAAUCUAUGGGAUUUUCAGGUACCUUAUCCCCUCAUAUUGGCGAGCUGACGUACCUCAAUAUCCUAGGACUAGAGGAUAAUCACAUAUCUGGUAGCCUACCACCAGAACUUGGUAACAUGACAAAUCUACAAAAUUUGAAUCUGUCAAACAAUGAUUUCACUGGAGAUAUCCCUAGCUCAUUGGGUCGGCUGUCUUAUCUUCAGUACUUAGUGCUAAAAAAAAACAACAAUCUCACAGGAGAGAUACCAUCUUCAAUAACAAAGAUUUCAACUUUGAUAGAAGUGGACUUGUCUUUUAAUGAUCUCACUGGACAAAUCCCAGAAGCCCUAUUUCAAAGACCUAAAUACACUUUCUCGGGUAAUAAACUUAAUUGUGGUUCAAAUUUACAGCACCCAUGUGCUUCUACUCUCAAUUCAAAUUCAGGUGGUUCCAAAUCAAUAGUUGGAAUCCUGAUUGGAAGUAUUGGAGGGACAGUUGUAGUUUUGACAUGCUUUAUCUUCCUUUUGUGGAAGUGUUGGUGGUUGCGCUACAGGAAAGAGGUUUUCGUUGAUGUUUCUGGUGAGGAUGACAGAAAGAUUUCUUUUGGGCAGUUGAAGAGGUUUUCAUGGCGUGAAUUGCAGCUUGCAACAGAUGAUUUUAGUGAGAAAAAUGUGCAGAGAUAA